CAGGGAUCAGACCUAAGUCAUAGCUGUGACAAUGCUGGACCCUUAACCACUAGGCAACCGGGGGACUCCCUAGAUUUAUUUCUCAUUGAGGUCCAGGAAUUCUCCUUCUGAGGACUCACCCAGAAGAAUCGAAGGCACCCUCCAGAAGAAUUCUCUGUACAGCCUUGUUCCUGGCAGUGUUGCUCACGAGAGCUAGAACACGCAGCACCCCCAAAUGCCCACGGACCAACGAAGGGCUGUCGGAGGUCGUGUGUACACACAGCAGCGUGUUGUUCAGCAUUAAGAAGGAAGGGAAUGCUAACACAUGCCGCACCGUGUGUCUACCUUACAGACGUCCUGCUAAGUAAAGGUCGAGCCUCUUCAACUCUGUGUGGGAUGCUGGGUCAGUAUGUUCGCCAGUUUUGUGAGAAACAGGUCUGAAUGCGGCCACUGGAGCCCAGGGACGAGUCUGAGAUUCCCACACCUCAUCCAAACAUCUUCAGCCUCCUGGUCUUUGGUGUGAACAGAACCCUGAGUGUUGGUGUGUACAUCCUGGCUGGUUCAGUGGCCGUGUAUGUAGCUGGACCUGGAAUCGUCGUCUCCCUCUUGGUGGCUGGCUUCUUUUCCAUGUUGUCUGGAUUCUACUUCACUGAGUUUGUGGCCCGGGUACCACGCUCAGGUUCUGUGUAUCUCUACAGCUAUGUGACAAUGGGACAACUGCAUGCCUUCAUCACUGGCUGGACCCUCAUAUUGCAUUUCAUCCUUGCCACCGCCUACUUGACCAGGGCCUGGAGCUACACCUUUGACAGCCUGAUCGGGAACCACAUCUCGCAGGUGUUAGAGGGAAUGUUCUCUGAGCAUAUGCCCUCGUUCCUGGCCCCAUACCCAGACUUUGUUGCGCUGGCCCUGGUGCUGCUGAUGGCUGGUAAGAAGGAUGCUUUGGGAGUUCGUGACUCAGCCCUGGUUAGCAAAGUGUCCGCAGGUCAUGUUUUGUUGCUCAGCUUCAUGAUCCUCUCUGGCUUCAUUAAGGGAGACCUGCACAACUGGCAGCUCACAGAACAGGACUACAAACUGGCCACAUCUGGAUCCUCUGACAGCUAUAGCCUGGGCCCUCUGGGUUCUGGAGGGUUUGUGCCCUUUGGCUUUGAAGGGAUUCUCCGAGGAGCAGCAAUGCCUUUCUACUCAUUCUUUGGUCUCAAUGCCAUUAUCACUACAGGGAAAGAAACCCCCAAUCCUCAGCGUUUCAUCCCUUGGAGCCUAGUAAUCUUCUCCUCCAGCUGCUUUUUGACCUAUUCUGGUGUCUCAGCAGCUCUCACCCUCAUGGUGCCCUUCUACCAGAUUCAUCCUUACAGCCCCUUGCCGCAGGCUUUCCACCAUGUUGGGUGGGCUCCUGCCGGAUACUUCGUGGCUGUUGUCAUCCUGUGUGCUCUUUUAUACAGCCUCCUGGUUGUCAUGUUGGCCAUGUCUCGGUUGAUUGGUGCAAUGGCAGAGGAUGGGCUCCUUUUCCGGGGACUUGGCCAAAUCUAUGCCCGAAGAGGCACACCCCUCGUGGCCGUCCUGGUUUCUGCAACUCUUUCAGGGAUAACAGCAUUGCUUUUCGAGAUCUUUCGUGUUGUGGAACUCCUGUCAGUUGGGGCCCUGUUUGUUUACUUCCUCGUGACUUUUUCUGUCCUGGUCCUCAGGUACCAACCAGACCAGAGUUUCAGCCAGAAGGUGAAAGCAGAGGAGGAAAUUCAGCUGAAGCAUACAGCUGAAGAAAGUCCUUUGGGAUCUGUACCUGAAGCAGGAACCUCAAACCCUCUAAAGAGUCUGUGUGACCCCGUCAGCCCCAUCCCCACUCUGAAAUCUGGCCAGAUGGUCUACGGAUGUGCCUUCCUGCUGGUUCUCCUGCUGACCAUCCUGGGCCUGCUUCUGGCCCAGUGGCCCAGCCGCGUGUUCUCUGGAGACCCCGGGUUCACAGCAGGGGCUGUGCUGCUGCUGCUGCUCAUUGCGGGGAUCACUGCCAUCAUUUGGAGGCAGCCCCAGAACCCUUCUCCUCUUCCCUUCAGGGAAUGCUGGCUCUGGGAGCUCAUGAGUCAGCCCUGGGUAACAAGGUGUUCUCAGCCAUCAAUCUCUUGGUGCUCAGCUUCAUCAUCCUCUCUGGCAUCAUUAAGGGAGACCUGCACAACUGGCAGCUCACAGAACAGGACUACAAACUGGCUGCAUCUGGAUCCAGUGACACCUCUAGCCUCGGCCUUCUGGGUUCUGGAGGGUUUGUGCCUUUUGGCUUUGAAGGGAUUCUCCAAGGAGCAGCUACAUGUUACUACGUGUUUGUUGGUUUUGAUGAUAUUGUCACUAAAGUGGCAGAGGCUCAAAAUCCCCAGCGUUCCAUCCCCUGGAGCAUCAUGAUCACGAUCUGCCUCUGCUUUCUGAUGUGCUUUGGUGUCGGCGGUGCUCACCCUCAUGGUUCCCUACUACCAGAUUCAGCCUGAGAACCCCCUGCCGCAGGCUUUUCUCCAGGUCGGCUGGGCCCCUGCUGGAUAUGUCGUGGCUGU